GAGAGAGGAGGGUAGAGAGACACUGACGGGACACUGGCGGGGUCCCAGGCAUAUAGGAGGAGCGCCUCACUUGUCCCAGCCUUUAUGAACUGUCACAAAACUAGAACAGAAACCUCACAUUCACACCGCCUGUCACUAGUAACGUCUCUUACCUUGUUUUUAAACCGCUGCUGUAGGUGAGUAGCACACACAGGAUUACAUUGUAUCGGGAGUUGUUGUCGGACAAGCCUUUUUUUACUUCAGGAAUAAGAAAGGGGAGAAAAGUCAUGGGGGAGAGAGGAGAAUUAGAAAGAAGCUAGUAAAGAACCCGAAAAAAAACGACUCCGAAAGAAGAAGUGUCCGGAGAGGAAAGGGGAACAGGAUGGGGAUGGAUUUCAGCACUCUUCGGACCCUCAUCAGCAGAUAUUGUGUUGGUGAGGAGAACUGGGUGGACAGCCGGACGAUUUACAUCGGACACAAGGAGCCUCCGCCAGGCACCGAGGCCUAUAUACCCCAAAGAUUCCCCGACAACAGAAUAGUCUCCUCCAAGUACACCUUUUGGAACUUCAUCCCUAAGAACCUGUUUGAGCAGUUCAGGAGAGUUGCCAACUUCUACUUUCUCAUCAUCUUCCUAGUUCAGUUGAUCAUUGACACCCCCACCAGUCCUGUCACCAGCGGGCUGCCUCUCUUCUUCGUCAUCACAGUCACUGCCAUUAAACAGGGCUAUGAGGACUGGUUAAGACACAAGGCAGACAAUGCUGUCAACCAGUGUCCUGUCCAUGUGGUGCAGCAUGGGAAGGUGGUCCGCAAGCAGAGCCGCAAGCUCAGGGUUGGAGAUGUUGUCUUGGUGAAAGAAAACGAGACAUUUCCCUGUGAUCUCAUCCUGCUUUCCUCGUCCCGGGACGAUGGGACCUGCUACGUUACCACAGCCAGUCUGGAUGGAGAGAGCAGCCACAAGACAUACUAUGCAGUUCAGGACACCAAGGCCUAUAACAGAGAGGAGGAGGUGGACUCCAUCCAGGCCACUAUAGAAUGUGAACAACCGCAGCCUGACCUGUACAAAUUUGUGGGCCGCAUCAACAUUUACAUGAACAACGAGCCAGUGGCAAGGCCGUUAGGAUCGGAGAACCUGCUGCUCCGAGGAGCCACACUCAAGAACACCGAGUACAUCUAUGCGGUUGCCAUCUAUACAGGCAUGGAAACCAAGAUGGCGCUCAACUACCAGUCCAAGUCUCAGAAACGCUCUGCUGUAGAAAAGUCAAUGAAUGCCUACCUGGUGGUGUACCUGUGCAUUCUCAUCAGCAAGGCCUUCAUCAACACUGUGCUGAAGUACGUCUGGCAGGCCGACCCCAACAGAGACGAGCCCUGGUACAAUGAAAGGACCGAGGCCGAGAGGCAGAGACACAUAGUGAUCAGGGCCUUCACAGACUUCUUGGCCUUCAUGGUCCUUUUCAACUACAUCAUUCCUGUUUCCAUGUACGUCACCGUGGAGAUGCAGAAGUUUCUCGGCUCCUACUUCAUCAUGUGGGACGAUGAGAUGUUUGACGAGGAGCUGGGAGAGCAUGCUGUGGUCAACACGUCUGACCUGAACGAGGAGCUGGGACAGGUGGAGUAUGUGUUUACAGACAAGACAGGGACUCUGACAGAGAACAACAUGGAGUUCAUCGAAUGCUGUGUGGACGGACAUGUCUACGUCCCUCAUGCCAUCUGUAAUGGCCAGGUAAUGCCCGGUGCAGACAGCAUGGACAUGAUCGACUCAUCACCAGGUCCCGGGGCCAGGGAGAGUGAGGAGCUGUUCUUCCGGGCGCUGUGUUUGUGCCACACGGUCCAAGUGAAGGAGGAGGAGACAGUGGACGGCAUCAAGCAGGGCAUCCACCAGGGCAAGGCCACCUCCUUCUACAUCUCCUCCUCCCCUGACGAGGUGGCACUGGUGGAGGGCAUGAAGAGGCUUGGUUUCACCUAUCUGAGACUCAAGGACAGUCACAUGGAGAUCCUAAACAGGGAGGAUGAGAUUGAGAGGUUUGAGCUACUGGAGGUUCUGACCUUUGACUCGGUCAGACGGAGGAUGAGCGUCAUCGUCAGAGACACCACUGGUGAGCUCUAUCUGUUCUGUAAGGGGGCCGACUCUUCCAUCUUCCCCAGGGUUAUCUCAGGCAAGGUGGACCAGGUCAGAGCUCGGGUGGAGCACAACGCAGUGGAGGGUCUGAGGACGCUGUGUGUUGCCUAUCGUCAGCUGAGCCCGGAGCAGUACCAAGAGGUGUGCCACCUGCUGAGCGGGGCCAAGCUGGCUCUGCAGGACCGAGACAAGAAGCUGGCCGAGGCCUACGACCUGAUAGAAAAAGACCUGAUACUGCUGGGAGCUACCGCUGUGGAGGACAGGCUCCAGGAGAAGGCGGCGGACACCAUCGAGUCCCUCCACAAGGCCGGAAUGAAGGUUUGGGUGCUGACGGGUGACAAAAUGGAGACGGCGGCGGCGACCUGCUAUGCCAGCAAGCUGUUUCGACGCAGCACCCAGAUUCUGGAACUGACCACCAAGCGCUUGGAGGAACAGAGUCUUCACGACGUCCUGUUCGACCUGAGCAGGACCGUCCUGAGGCAGCAUGGAGGCAUGACACGGGACAACUUGUCUGGUCUAUCAGGUGACUAUAAUGAUUAUGGUCUGAUCAUCGAUGGAGCCACCCUCUCUGCGGUGCUGAAGCCCACCCAGGAGGAUUCAAACUCAGGGAACUACAAAGAGAUCUUCCUGGAAAUCUGCCGCAACUGCAGUGCCGUGCUCUGCUGCCGGAUGGCGCCGCUCCAGAAAGCACAGAUUGUGAAGCUUAUAAAAGCAUCCAAGGAGCACCCAAUAACUCUGGCUAUUGGAGACGGGGCUAAUGAUGUCAGCAUGAUCCUGGAGGCCCAUGUUGGCAUUGGCAUUAUGGGUAAGGAGGGCCGUCAGGCGGCGAGGAACAGUGACUACGCCAUCCCCAAGUUCAAACACCUCAAGAAGAUGCUGCUCGUCCAUGGACAUUAUUACUACAUCCGCAUCUCAGAGCUUGUGCAAUACUUCUUCUACAAGAAUGUCUGUUUCAUCUUCCCCCAGUUCCUCUACCAGUUUUUCUGUGGCUUCUCACAACAGCCGCUGUACGACACAGCCUAUUUGACUCUGUACAACAUCAGCUUCACCUCCCUGCCCAUCCUGCUCUAUAGCCUCAUGGAGCAGCACAUUAACAUGGACAUCCUGAAGAAGGACCCUUCCCUCUACAGGGAUAUUGCAAAGAACUGCUUGUUGCGUUGGCCUAUAUUCAUAUACUGGACCUUCCUUGGUGUGUAUGACGCCAUCGUGAUGUUCUUUGGUGCUUACUUCCUGUUCGACAACACGACCUUCACCAGCAACGGACAGCUAAUGACAACCAACACACAGAUGAUGUUUGGAAACUGGACGUUUGGAACGCUGGUCUUCACUGUGCUCGUCUUCACUGUCACAUUCAAGUUGGCUCUCGACACCCACUACUGGACUUGGAUCAAUCAUUUUGUCAUCUGGGGCUCCCUGAUUUUCUUUGUGGUCUUCUCUCUGCUGUGGGGAGGCAUUAUCUGGCCCUUCCUCAACUACCAGAGGAUGUACUAUGUGUUCAUGCAGAUGUUGUCCAGCGGUCCGGCCUGGCUCAGCAUCAUCCUGCUGAUCACAGCCAGCCUCCUGCCAGAUGUGGUGAAGAAGGUCCUCUGGAGGUCGCUGUGGCCCACCACCACUGAACGCAUACAGAGUGCUGACAAGCUCUACAAGGGCCAGCUCUCCGAGUUCACCCCCCUGGCAUCUCUCCACACCCCACCCAGGGGUGGUGGCCAGCAGCAAGGCUCGGUGCACCAGAGGAACCCCCCGAACCCCCGCAGGUUCGAACCCCUAACCAAGAAACUCAUGUUCACGCGCUGGCGAAGCACGCCAGACUACUGCACUUUCACCCCCCUCCUCCGAUUCUCCGAGGGCUCCCGCUACUCAAGUCAGGGCCACACCUAUGGCGGAGCGGGGCCAGAGACCGCUGUCUAGUUUAUUUCUUUUAUUGUUUUUUUUUGAUAUGAACUAUCUGGGACGGCUUUGCAGAUGUAGAGCUUGAGACGUCAUUCCCACUUGGAGUCUUAAAGCUGCGCUAUGCAAGAUUUUUAUGUAAAAAUACAGCUGUGCUAUCGGUCUUGACCUUUGAGCCAGAGAGUUCAUGCUUGAGCUGUUGAUUUACCCUGUUUGCCCAAAUGAACCUUGCAGGAUUUCUGGGUGGUGAAGUCCUCAAAAUUCAAACAGUUACCUCUUGCUGCCAUUUGGUGUCACAAAUGUGCAAAAAUUGCCUAGUGCAGCUUUAAAUGUAACUCCCAUUCCGGAGUCCUUGCUAGCCUUAUAGGAGCUGUUAAACUGUCCCAGGAACUGCCUCUGGUCACGGCUAGGACUCAUUCACACGAGCAAGGUGGGGGUGUCAAGUCACCCAAUAGUAACUGGAGACCAAUCUGUUUGUGUUGCUGAGCUGAAAUACCCUCUAGGACUCGCUGAUUACUAUAGUAGGUAAUCAGAUCUCUGCAUUGGAUAACAUUUUGAAAGUGACCUUCGCAACUCCUCCAAGUCAAAGCCCAAGUACGGCACAAAGCAUGGGACGGCUCUGGAAGGGACCCGAUCCACAGAGCCUCACCUCACCGCCGAACCAUGCAAAGGGCUUAGCUGAUUGAUGUCACAGCAAACAAGCAGACUAGAGACUUUUGAUUUCUUAAAAACCGUAUUCUGGCAUUUGACUGUACGAGCAUUUGCCCUUUACGCCUGUCUGCCUUUGUCAGCAGGCGGCUGAAGUGUACUUCACCUUGUUUAGGGUUAUCUAAACAACAACUAAGUAGAAUUAUUAAGAUUUAUGUCAUAUUGAAUCAUUGUGACUGUGAUUGUGAUGAUGAUGAUAAUAAUACUGACAAAAACGACAAUGGAAGCAGUGACAAAUGGUGGAGGUGAUGAUGAUGAAGACGACAAUGCUGAUAAUCAUGACAGUGACAGUGAUGUUGUCACCAUGGGCUUUCUCUGACCAAAUAUUUUCUUUCUUUUCUUUGAAUUCCUACCAUCUCUCUUUUUCUUUCUCACUCUCUCUCUCUGCCUGUUCUGCCUUUUUAUAGGACUAACUGGUGUUGCCUGUGUGCAAACCUGUUAUCCCGAAAUACACCCUAGGACACUGGGGCCAGAUCCUACAACAUUGUAAGGAGGGAUGCGGUAGAGCAUCAGUGCUUAAGUGUUGGAACGACGGGCUUCAGUUAGUCUUUUUUGCUAUUAAAUCAGCGAUGGAUUUCACAAGAAACAAAAAAUAUAAACUAAAAAACACCAUAUUGUCAACUUUUGAAUAUGGCGCCCCUUAACCACAUUAAAAAAAAUGGCAGAUGCAAAAAAGAACCAACUGUAGUGCCCUUCUCUGACACUUUGGAGCUAACUCCAUAGAUAGUAUGGAGUGUUUGGUAGGGUAGAGGUCAGACUGAAGUAGAUAAUAUGUGUGUAUGUCUGUGUGUUAUGCGUGUGUUGAUUAGUAACUAGACAUGGUUGCCUGGGUGCCCUAUUCAUUUCUGCAGGAUCUCCUAGUGUCUUAUUGUUUCUGCAGCACUUUAACUUUAGAUUCUCAGCUUGUAUUCAAACUAUAAUGCUUGUCUGCAUUCCACAGCUUAUUAUUUUUAGUGAUGCCAAUGCAAACCAAUAGAACGCCUUAAUGUAAUCCUAUAACCCCCCGUCAUUUCCUACAGGGAUCCUCUUACCAAAUAUGCUCUCCUCUGAGGCAACAAUUUCUUAGGCAUUGUGUUUGGCCAGCUAUGCACAAACUACAGUAUAUACCCCCAUACUGUAAGAUACGUCAAAUAAAAGUGGUCAGUGUCAGUGGGAGACUGUUCAAAUGUAACAUGGUGGACUGUAAUGACAGAAAGAACAGCUUCUCCUUCCAUCUCUAAUUCUCAGAUUCAGAUUUCUUUAUGGUUUUAUACAAAACAUACAAUGAAAUUCAGGUGCACUCAAGGACCAGGCUCAUAUAUAAAAAUAAAUCAUAAAUAGUGAUAAAAUAGUCAUAAAACUUAAAAAAAAAAAAAAAUGCUCCCUCCCACUAACAUUCUAUACAAUUGUAGAUACACUUCAUACACUCAUUGCCAACAUAUGCAGUUCAAAUGGGAUUUAAAAAAAAAAAAAAAAGUGGUCAUGCAUAUUAUUGCAU